AUCAUCGUCAGCGUGGACGGCAAUGGACAUGUGAUUUAUGUGGCUGUAGCAUUGUCGUUUUCCAAACUCAACUACUCCCCCAUCUCUCUCUCUCUCUCUCUCUCUCUCUCUCUCUGAUUUCACCAGGCACUUUUGUUGGUCGUGGAAAACGCAACCGGGGGACUCGACUCGACUCGGCUCGCAGUCAUUCUGAAUUACAGUCUCCACGAGCUCGGUUCGGUCUUCGUCGAUGCUGAUUUCAUGUCAAUUACAAUCAUCACCGCGUGAAUUUCCGUUUCUGUUUACAAAAAACGAGAGAAGCGACGAAUCACUUUUAACGAGCUCGGAGAAUUGAGGCCAUGGAGGUUGCUGCUGCUGCCGGGUGUGGAGCGAAUCUGCAGUUUUCGUCGCCGUGGAUCUGGUCGUAUAAGGUCGAGGGAAGAUUUCCGAGGAUUUCUCAACAAUGUACUGGAGGACAUUCGACUGAAUUGCAAAGGAGGAGAAGCGAGUGGACUCGGCGUGGUGGACGGGUUUCUUUGACGGUUUCAAAUGCUUGUAAGGGUUCUCCUCAACAAGCUCCCUCAGUGCAAUCAGGGAAUAUUUACACUUCUUUUGACUGCAAGUGGUUGUUAAAGAAAAAGGGAGAGGAGGUCACCUCAGACUUGAAUGGUCGUUGUAUAUUCCUUGUUGGGAUGAUGGGCUGCGGAAAAACAACAGUGGGCAAAGUUUUGUCUGAAGCACUAGCUUAUUCUUUUGUUGACAGUGACAAAUAUGUAGAGGAGGCUGUGGGUGGAAGUCCUGUUGCUCAAAUCAUUAAGCAGUUUGGUGAGAGUUCCUUUAGAGACUAUGAGAGUAAAGCGCUGAUGAACUUGUCUUUGAUGUCUCGGCAAGUUGUUGCCACCGGUGGUGGUGCAGUGACUCUUCCUAUUAACUGGAAGUGCAUGAAGGAGGGAGUCAGUGUCUAUCUAGAUGUUCCCUUGGAUGCCUUGGCCCGCAGAAUAGCUGCUGCAGGCACUGAUUCUCGUCCUCUCUUGACUUUUGAAUCAGAGGAUGCUUACACAAAGGCUUUCAUGAGUUUGUUCACUCUUUUGAAAAAGAGAAGGUGCUCAUAUUCCAAUGCAGAUGUUACGGUUUCCCUUCAAAAUAUUGCAGCAAAUCUAGGUCUCGAAGAUUUAUUGGAUAUCACGCCAACUGCUAUAGCACUAGAGGUACUCAUUCAAAUCGAGAACUUUCUGCAUCGCAACAAAUGCAUGUCCAUCCGAAUCUGAUCUUGAACUACGGAGAUUUUCGGUACCUUGUUGUUUAAUGUGGUCUUAGGUGGUUUAUACCUAUUUUGUCGAUGAAAUUGUUAUUCCCUGCUAUACAUGUAAAGGUGGGAACAUGUCAAUUAUCCAUAUGGUUAUGAUUUUGUGAAGAACGUGGAGUUUAUGCUAUUCAUCUUGGGUUUAGCUCAAGUUUAUUUCUUGUAGAUCUAUGUUGUAUAGUAACAUAUGUAUUCCCGGUACGUACCAAACAAGGGAUUCGGUAUCUCACUGGUUCUUUCUCGGCA